AUGUUUCAACCCACGAGCCGCACAUUCAAUCAAGGCCCAGCAGAUGUAGCACAGCCCAGCGUCUCCAAUUUUGAAUUCAUAAAUACUGAAGGAUCCAAACCUAAGGCUCCUCCAAGUGCACGCCGUGCAGCUCGUGUGCAUGUAAUGCGUAGGUACCACAACGAGAAACGCAAUAAGAACAAUCCCACUCCUGCAUCUCGCCAAGGAGAAACUACUCCACAACCACUGAUAUUGCCUCUGCGGAGCUCUCCCCGCCUUUUAACGACUCCACAACCAGCGGCUCCAUUUGGUACAACGCAGGAACAACGUUCAAUCGAGUCAGAGCUAUCGCAGAGAAUCGUAAUUCCAGCUCUCUGGAGAGGGUGGUGUCAAGGAUGUCUGAAAUUAAUACCACCGAAUCAUCGUUGGUUGGUACCUGAAGCUUCCCUUUUGGGGCAAUGCACCUGCAUGCACCCAUCAAUCCCACAUGGACUAGAGCCAGCGCCUCAGAGCUCGUUCCCAGUUGAUCCAAAGUUAGUCACGUUGCUUCAAUUCUCCAUCAGUGGUGUGGCUCGGGCUAUCGUGCCUAUGGGUUUACAGGGAGAAACCUCUUGGUUCGCACAAGCAUUGAAAGAGCCGGCAUGUUUUCAUGGGACACUUCUCCUCGGUGUUACAUUCAAUGCUCUUCUCAGGAACUUCACAACGAUGCCACCGGAAUGCUUCUAUCAUUACGAUGAAGCUAUAAAAUACACUAGCGCCAAGAUUGAGAAGGCAGAUGAUCAGCUGGAAGAAGGGACUGUUGCAGCUGUAGCCUGUUUGGCAGCUUUUGAGACCGUCAUCAAUCACAACAAUACCAGCGAAUCGGUGCAUCUGAACGGACUUGAGAAAGUCAUAAACUUGCGAAGAUCUCGUCUAUUACUUGGGUUGUCUGAUUAUCUGCAGAAGUUUAUUUCGUGGGUCGAUACAUGUCAUGCGGUAGCUAAUAUAACUCGUCCACGCUUUCUGUCAAUUCAGAUGAACAAAACUAUACCCCUGAAUCCGACUUUCGAGCAGGAAGAUGUAGUCAAGAAUUGCAUAGAGAAAGAGUGGGGUCCAGAGUUCCCCUUGACUGACAUCAAGAUGUAUGAAGGGAUGGACUCCUCCAUGGCAAUUCUCUUUCACCGACUCCGUCAACUCUGCGCCCUCGCUACUCGCUAUUGCGGAAUGAAACUUGAUCCUGUUCACCAAAGACAAUUUACCGAGGGCUUGUUGAUACUCGAACGCCAAGUCGUUACAAGCAUCUGGAGCAUGUCGUCCAACAAUCGCCGUCAGCGGGGAGAGGACAACUCUGUGAAAGCAUGUGCUCGUUCGUGGCAUAGCUCUGUCCUCACUUUUAUCCAUGUCUUUCUCAGACACACUGCUCCAAGUGCCUGGAGGGUUACUGUUGACAAAGUCGCAGCGAGGGUCAGAUACUCUUUAAGGAUUCUCUCGCCCACAGAGUUAUGGGUCAACUUUCCUCCCAAAUUGUUGCUCUGGGUAUUGGUCGUUGCUGGUGUUGCUGCAGCUGAUCAUCCUGCCAGGAAGUGGCUGAUGGUGUUGUUGAGUCAACUAAGGGCCGGUCAAGGAUUAGCAAAUUGGGAUGAAGCACUACUGAUAUUGAAGGAGUAUGCGUGGGUAGACGAAUUCUGCACAGAACCGUGCAAGAAGUUCUUUGAAGAGUCUACUUUUGGCAUUGAGACCGACGAGAGACAGCAACAGGGGACAGCAUUCACAGAAGAGCUUCCACCCGAUGUUCUGGAGAGAUGUACGAAGAAAUGCUAUCCUUUGGGCUGCGUUCCUGAGAACGAGUUUUGUGACAAAUAA